AUCAUUCAUGAUUCAUCAUCAAACGUAGUCGUUCUCAGCAACACGGUCCAAAAAGUCAGUGCAGCGAAAACGGACGAUCCGAAGAAGAAUACUGAAUACCCUUUUUCAUUUCUCUCUCUCUCUCUCUCUCUCUCUAGAAUAAUCUUCUUCUUCUACCAUUUCUCACUAAUAACUCAUCAGAUCAGCUUGAUCUUAAUAUAAAUGGGAAUCUUCUAGAACAAAACCCAGAGGAAAAAAAGAAAUUGAAGACCUGAAACUCUGACAGGUGAAAAUAAAGAAUAAAUAAAAAAAGAUAAAACUCUUUUUUUUUUAUUCCUCUCCCCAGUUUUUUGUUGUUUCUGUUAUUGGAUUAUGGCUGUUGCUGAGAAUGCCGGGGCCAAAAUCGGUGCUUCAAGUGAAGAUUUGGAAAAAAGUGUAGUGUCAUCUGACUCAAAUGCCCCAAACGAAGAACUGGAGAAACCGAAACCCCGAAAUGGUUCUGUUGGAAACGGUGUAGAGACCGAUCAGAAUCUCAACGGUGUUGAUGGCGUUGCAGCCACUGUCUCAGUCCCUAACGGCAAUCACAAACCCCAAAUGGGUCAGAUGCAAAAUGGUUUGGACACAAACGGUGGUGGUGUCCAGGGGCAGCAGGUUGUGGCGAACAAUGGCGGCAGCGGAGGUGGGUUUAAGAUGGGCCAUCAGAUAGGUAAUGGAGUGAUGAAUGGAGGAGAGGACGGCGAGAGCUUCAAACGCGAAAUGAGGGAUUUGGCUGAGCUCUUGUCAAAGUUGAACCCUAUGGCUGAGGAGUUUGUGCCCUCUUCACUUGCAAAGAAUCAUGGGUACUUGCCCGGAGCUGGAGGGUUUGGUUUCCCUAACAAUUUGCUACUUCCUGCAAAUUUUGGCAAUGCUAAUGGACAGCCUAAUAGAAGGAGAAAGAAUGGCUACAAUAACCAGGGGAAGCAAAGAGCAAAUCAUAAAAUAGAAAUGGAGAGACGGGAAGAGAUGAUUAGGAGGACUGUUUAUGUCUCCGAUAUUGAUCAACAAGUAACUGAAGAGCAACUGGCAGCUCUCUUUCUUAACUGUGGCCAGGUCGUUGAUUGCCGUGUAUGCGGGGAUCCAAAUUCUAUUCUUCGUUUUGCCUUCAUUGAGUUUACGGAUGAAGAUGGUGCAAGAGCUGCUUUGAACUUGUCUGGCACCAUGCUUGGAUAUUACCCGGUGAGAGUGCUGCCAUCUAAAACUGCCAUUGCACCUGUUAAUCCGUCAUAUUUGCCCAGGUCUGAAGAUGAAAGGGAGAUGUGCUCAAGAACUAUUUAUUGCACAAAUAUUGACAAAAAGGUUACUCAAGCUGACGUUAAACUCUUCUUUGAAUCUCUUUGUGGAGAGGUUCAACGCUUGAGGCUUCUUGGGGAUUACCAUCAUUCGACUCGAAUUGCAUUUGUCGAGUUCACAAUAGCUGAAAGUGCAAUUGCUGCUCUGAACUGUAGUGGUGUGAUUUUGGGUACGCUGCCGAUAAGGGUAAGUCCAUCGAAGACACCAGUCCGUUCUCGUGCACCUCGUGGCUCAGUGCAUUGACUCAUCACUCAUCAUUCCAUGUCUUUUGGUGUUCAUUGCUGCUCAGAUAUCUUUACAUAUAUACAUACAACAAAUAUUUCCUAAGGUACCUGUGGCGAUUAGUUGUGGUUAAAGUCCGGCGUUAUGCUAUCCUUGUUUCCUGCUUGGGAGUUAUGGAUAUUGUGUUUAGUUCGUAGAGUUGGAUGGGGCCUCAAGAGGAUCUCAAUGGCUUAAUUUAUGACAAUGUGACUGUUUAUCUCGAAAUGAGACACUUUUGUUGUUCGAAGUUCCUCGCGCACUGGAAUUUCUUGAAAAAGAAACUAGUUACAAGGCUUUGUUCCUCGUUAGCUGUUAA